GCCGGGGCCGGGCGGGCCGCCCAGCCGCUCCGCUCGGCCUGCCCGCGGCGUCCCGCCGCCGUGGCGGGGAGGCACCGGCUCCCAGGCGAUGCAGGCCCUCGCUGUGAAACCCCCGGCUGCUGCAGUUCGGGCGCCUGCUUUCCCCGGGGCGCGAGGGUCGAGGUGCCCGGCUCGGUGCACGCCCCGGACCGCUGCAGCGGGGUCUGGGCGAGGGGUCCGGGCGCAGCCGUGGUGCCCUGCACUGGGCCAUGGCGGGGAAAGGGCUGAGAUCCCCGAAGAGCAGCUCCAGUGCUUCAGCCUGGAGCGGCUGCUCUGCCCAUCGCACCGUGCCAAGUUCGCCUGACGGAGGAAGCUCUGAUCGUUCGUGGUGGUCACCCAGGAGUGUCACUUUGCGGCCGGCCCUUGUGCACCGCUGGCACUCGCUGCUGGUAGACACUUGGCGUGAGUUGCUCCCCACGGAGCAGAGAGCAGCGCCGCUUCCUCCCGCGUAGCAUCCCCAAACAUCGUGGCUGCUUUACACCCGCGAAAGAGUGGGAAAAGCGCUACCAACCCAGAGCUGCCCACUCCCCGCGGGGUUCAUAGAGAGCCAGCGCUGUUCAGCGUGAGCUGCCCAUUCCCACGGCUGCUGCUCCUGGCACAGGAUGUCUUCGGAGCCAGCGUCUGACAUCGACUUCGGCAGGAGAGGCCUGAAGAAGCAGUGUUCGUUCAGCAUCGAGAACAUCCUCUCCAGCCCGGCAGAGAAGAGCCCCCAGGUCCUGCUCCCGCUGUGCCUCCGGGGGCUCUUGGACUGUGCGCCCAAGGGGCUGUGUGAGCUGGAGGCCAUCACAGCCAGCUCCCUGCCGGACGAGGAGGAGGAGGAGGAAGAGCUGGAAGCUGCAAGUUGCAACUGCUGCUGCUGUUCUCACACGAGCGCCCGUUCCCUGCAGGACUCGCCGAGUUGGCUGGACGCCAGGUUCCCCUGGCCCAUGCGGCUGUUUCACUCUGCGGUCAGGGCCUGUAAGAGUCCCCAGGGGAGCCUGAGCGAGGUGCAGACCUUCCACCAGAUCCAGCGACGGACACGCCGGCAUCGCACCAUAUUCACUGAGGACCAGCUGCAGGCCCUGGAAACGCUUUUCCAUCAGAACCAGUACCCAGACGUCAUCACCAGAGAGCACCUAGCAAACCGCAUUCACUUGAAGGAGGAGAGGGUAGAGGUUUGGUUUAAAAAUCGACGAGCCAAGUGGCGGCAUCAGAAGAGAGCGUCUGCUUCAGCUCUGGUCCUUCAAGGCACCAAGAAAUCCUCUGAGGAGAACUGUUAGUGGUGUCAGGCUGCAGCUCAGCGGAUGAACACCAAGAGCAUCACUUUCUCUUAGCCAACAAGUUCUGUAGUGGGGUAGCUUGAAGGGGAAAUAAUGAAGCAAAAGGGAACCUCCAUUACUCUACGAUGGGGGGGGACAGGUAAAAGCAGACAGUGUACUUUGAAGUCUUAGUUCUUCUUCCAAAACUAGUCCAUGUGGCAAAUAAAUCAUAAGGCAUGACCCUCAGACACUUAAGCAGAAACAACUGCCAAAGACCAGUGCAGGGGCAGAGCUGCGUCAGUGUUGAAUGUGUACGCGUCAAGAGAAGGGGAGAUUUCCUCCAGCUUCUUUGCUCUGAGCAGGUAGUAUUUGUGCUUGUUUUGCUACUGUAAUUUACAAAAUAUUCUGCAAAUGAAUGUUCACUAUUUGUGCCA